UCCCGCUGCAGCUCCCGGUGCCGCCCCGCUCCGCCCCGCCGGGCCAUGGCGUUCACGCUCUACUCUCUGCUGCAGGCCUCGCUUCUCAUCGUCAAUGCCGUGGCCGUGCUCCACGAGGAGCGCUUCCUCCGCCACGUUGGCUGGGGAAGCGAUCAAGGGAUUGGAGGAUUUGGAGAGGAACCAGGAAUUAAAGCACAGCUGACAAACCUCAUUCGAUCAAUACGAACUGUUAUGAGAGUGCCAUUAAUAGCCCUGAACUCCAUCACAAUCGUUCUCCUCCUGUUGUUUGGCUGAAGACACCCGGUAGAAAUCCUUUGGACAUCCAAAGAAACCAGUUAUUGACCACCACUGCUCUGAUUUCCCUGGGAUCCAGCACGGUUUAGCUGUCAAUCUGACAUUCAACUUAAAAUAAAAAAAAGACACUGUUUCUAUUUAUCCCACUUCCUAAUGUUCCCUUGCAGUUUCAUUAAGCAGGAUCACGGGAUCAAUGCAACAACAGUGCAAACACAUUGGACUGUGACCAGUUCUGUUGCUGCCUGUUCAUAGUGUUGAUUAAUUAUUAGAAUAAAUGUCAUAGGAUGUUGCAUUGACUGGCAAUGGGAUGCAGCUCUUAAAUGCCUCGUUACUCAGGGAUGAAUUUCCUUCAGUACGCUCUGAAAUUUGUUUUUAAAAUGAGGAAAACAAUGUGCUUGUUUUCAUUUCAGUUACUGCCAUGGAGCUGUUUAAGAGAACAUGCGUUAGGCGCUGAAAAUGUGUUGUAAAGAAUACUUGUUAUAAAGGAUUGAAGUCCAGCUGUGAUAUGGAGGGAGAUAACCUGAAUCAGGACUUUACCCAGCUGGUUUUAACAUUGAAAGCUGAGUUUUCCUGCUUUGACUGGGGAUUUUGUCUUCAAAUCAGUAUUUCGUACUGAUGGUGAAGUCAGUUGCAAAUGGGUGCAACUGCAGUGCAAAAUUUAAAAAAUUAAAAAGUAAGAAAAAAAGAGCUGUACCUAAAGCUGGGCAACUCUGUGUUAACUUUGGGGAUAUUAGUAAUUAGGAUUUGUUACUCUUCUGACAAGGAUUGUUAUUAUACUUUUUAAAAUAUGUAUUAAACUUCUGCGUGGUGAUUACUGUGGUCGAAGUGGGGAACCAUUUGUAUUCUGAGCUUUCUGGGAAACAGGGGAGAUGAAUACCCUGCGCUUUUCAAAUGCAUUUCUUUGUGAAAAACCCGCGAAUUUGCAGCCUCUUCUGUUACUGUUUCUUACCCCUGCCCUCCAUCAUAAUUUUUUAAAUUAACUGCUCUGAAAGUGCAACUCUCUAUGUGUGACUUGGAAGUUCUGUCACAGAGAAUGCUCCUAAUUGCUCUCCUACCAGUCUUAUCUCAAUUAAGACUGAAUUGGAAAAGGUGAUUCUCAUGUGUCUUUUUAGAGAAGUUAGAAUUCUUUGUUCCUCUGCUUAAAGUGUUUUACUUUAAUUUUAAAGAGGGGAGGUCAAGGGAAACCUGGCAGUUUCAUUAUUUUAAAGCAGUUUAGUUGAUCAUCUCCCAACUUCUUGAGGAAUAAAGCAUAUGCUGAAGAAUCUGUAAAACAUGCACAUGCAUUUAAUUAUCUUCAGUCACAGGGGUUUUUUUUUGUUUUUUUUUUUUUUGCAGAGUAAAAAAGGAGAGAGUUACGUGUUUCUUCUUUUCUUAGUGAUUUUUAUAAAAAAAUCCUGAAUUUCCAAGUUAAGCAGUCUUCUAACUCUCUCUGUGUGUACGAUGGGGAUACAUCAUCAAAACUCUGCUUCAUCCUGUUCCAGAUACCAGAGUUACUGCUCUUAUGAAAUGCAUAAUUUUUCCCUCAUCCCUGUGGCACUUGGCACUAUCACCACUGCUGCAGAGCUGUAUUUUGGUUUAUGUAGCAAACCCAAUGAGACGUGGGAGAGGGCAAAGCAGGAUCUUUGAAUUUUAAAAUGUGUGGAUCUGUUAGAAGUAAUUUCUUUAUGAUCUCUGUGCCAGAAGGCGACGAGGGUACAGCCUGGCACAGUUGCUUUCACAGAUCUGUCUUUCGUGGAAACGAGGCAAUGCCUGUGUGGAACAUUUUGUAUUCCUACUAAAUUUUUUUCAGGAAGAAAAGCAGCGGUCAAUGUUUCCGUGGCUGUGGCACUGGGAGUGAGUGCUGAAGGAUUGUGAGGCAUGGCGUGUCUGUAACUCCACUUCCUCAUCCGUUGUCUGUCAGAACUUAAUUCCUUCUUACUGAAAUAAAAGCCAGUACUAAAGAUUGCAAGCAGCAGCUUUAAAAUAAAACGGGUGAAAAGUGUUUUGGUUUUUUUUUUUUUUUUGUUUUUUUUUUUUUUUCCUCCUUGCUGUGCUUCCAGAGGGGCUGCAGGCACACGUGCAGGGAGAAGGAGCAGUGGGAAAACUGGGGCGAGUUUCACCUGACAGGUGAAAAAUAGGGAUUCAAAGUGAGGCAGCAGCUGAGGAUCGAACAGGGAGAGGGCGAGGGGAGUGCAGGGACAGCUGGGGAAUAACCACGCUGCUGCUGUCCCCUCCUGUGGCUUCCAGCAGUUCUGGAACAGCUCUGCGGC